AUGUCGUUGUUGCCACUGAACACGCUUUCGGAGGCCGGCUGCCUCUUCAUCGAGGCGCGUCUGCUCGGAGGCGCCGGCAGCAUCGUCUCGCAGGUCGGACUCACCGUCGACGCGCCCAACACCUCGAUCGCCGUCUUUUGUGAGUCGAAACCAGAUUUCUCCGGGGUCAGAGGGAAAUGGAAAACGGGGAGAAGAUACUGGUUUCUGGCCGAAAAAAGAAGCCAAUGGUGUCGGGUUUCGUGCCGCCCGCGCAGGUACUUUUCCCUCGUGCAUGCCAGAUUUGGAGAAGUUUAUUGGAUUAGGGGGUUACGUGGGUUUUGAGGCUAAAAUCCGAUGUAUACAGUUUUCACGUCGAAAAGUUAAACCUCUUGUCAAUUUUGAACACGUUUUAUUUCUGUUGUAGCAUUGCUUCUGAGUCCGACUCCUGACCCCCAUAAACAUAAAGUGGUGUCAGUUUCACUGGGCCACUUGCUCGUGUUUUUGUGUUCUCUCUUUCGUUCCUAGUUUCAUCUUCUUCUUCUUCGUCUUCUUCUUCGUCUUCUUGUCUCUCUGGUGUUAGUGUCAAUUCCGGAUUUCGAAACGAGCGGACGCGCCUAAAUUGAAAUGAAAGUGCUCCGCGGGUCCGUCUGCACGCCUACGCCUCUCGUUCUCUUUUUGCGACAACGGUUAACCGACUCGUGUUGUUUUUGCAUAAAAUAAUGCAGCGGCGGAUUCUGAAGAGAACAUGACGUCACCUGUGGCCAGCAUUCAUCACAGAGAAGAAGAAGAAGAAGAAGUUUACCUCGCUCACUCGACCGCUUCAGCAAAAUAAUGCGCCGCGCCUUUCCUUUUUUGUGUGAGCACGUACUCGAGUGGAUUUGCACGGAAGCUAGCUACUACACACUUUUUUGUGAUCGUUUUGAAGCCAACUAAGGUGAUUCUGAUGGAAAAAAUCGGAAAAAAUCGGAAAAAAUCUCCGGACCGGAUAAUCCAAUCGGCCUGAAACUCGCACCCAAGAUACUUCAAUCCAAGUCCAAGAAUUGCAACUGGGUCAAAAGUUCAGGACUUCUGCCCAGUCCUGUCCUUCAUGGAUUUCUGUUUUCCGGCCGCCCCGAACCAUCUGGUCGGAUGGCGUCACUCCUGCUGCAGCUGCAGGUGGCUGCUGCAUUUCGUUCCGAUCCUCAUGACCUCGACGAGUUUCUCGUUUCCGCAGUGCUUUUUCUUUCUAGUGAUAGUAGUCGAAAGAGAGACGGACCUUCAUGUGUUUCGACGAGUAAUUCGAGCAGCCGUCGAGUUGAGUGACGGCUCCCUCGAGAAAGAGAGAUGGAGAAGAAUCAGAAAAGGAGCGAGAGGGAAGAGACAAACAAUGAAUAGAUGAGCAGAAGACACACACACACACACACAACACAACUAUUGUUUCUCUCACUUCCGAGGGUCCGAAAAGUUUCCGCUAUUCAUGAAGCACUUUUUUCUAUCAGGGGAACUGAAAGAGAAAUGGAGGAGAACAACAUAUUAGUGGGAUGCGGAAAGUUUAACAUUUUGCUUCAUCAGCUCGAACUACGAUGAAUGAUGAAAUUCGAGUAUUUCAACCCAACCGAAUGAGCGCUGUGCUGUUUUGCUGAUCCAAUCAGGAGAAAUUUUAAAAAAGAUCAGAAGCGUGUUGCUUUUGUUCCCAAAAAAAAGUAACGUGCGGAAAGUUCCCUGAUAUUCCGGAAACACAUGUGUUUUCUGUUCGCUCCUCUCGGAACACUGAUAUGAACAGGUGUCUCCGAGGCGAAAGACGAGAAGUGACUAGAAAACAGAACAGAGUGGUCAGUGGCGUCGCCCGUUCUUGUACACAUACAACACAUAAUACAGAGUGUAUAUGCAUUUUACCCGACACGGAUACGCCAUACGUCGACACCAUAUUAUUAGUUUGACAGUUUCCACGAGAGGCGAGGGCGCCCUUUCGCCCCCAUCUCGCUUCGAAUGAUCGCUCUCUCUGUCUCGUUUACACCCCCAUCUCUCCACACCCAUUCUCUUCCUCUACGCACCGAUUUUUGCGCCGUCUUGCCGUCUGUGUGUCCGCACCGAUCACAGUGUCUGCUCGACGGACGGGCGGGCGGGCGCCCUUGGCUCACUGAGAAGAUUCUCCCUUCCCUCCUACUCUGCCGUUGCUUCUUCUCUACCUGUUCUGGAAAUCUGGAAAUUCUGGAAAGAUGGACGCCGCCGAAAUCGAGGUGGCGUUCAGCAAUUCCGACAUCGUCCUCUCGCUAUUCUCGCCGUUCUCACCGUCCAGAACCACUUUAAAAGGUGAGGGUUUCGUGGAUACUGUAGACAUACCAUUGAUGCAAUCUCUUUUGAGUAAGUGCUAGUAUGUACGACAAAUGAGCAAACACGCAAAGAGGUUUUGAGAGAAACGGAUUUCCGCUGUCGUCGCCGCUUUUUUUCUGCAAAACCGCACGUUCGAGUGGACGAUCUUCGGGGACAUAGCGACAAAGAUUGAAAAGUAUCGGGUUUAACAGAAGGGUAAAAAUAGACGAAGGUUGAUGGACACGUCACGUUUAGGAUCUUGUUGAAGCAUCUAGGAGGGAUUUCAGAAACUUCCAGGGAAGUUCAUGAUCCGAGAUUCAUAGUGAUACAAUAGCACAUGCAAGAUUUUGCAAGAACCUUUUACCUGAUUUCAUAUGACCUCCUAAACUCACGGAAAAAAGGUCCUCGUGCCGUGAAGCACACUUUUUUGGUUCCACUAGACGAAUCAAACAACCUCAUCCUAAUCAAUUGUGCCUGUAGGCAAACGAAUUCUGUUCCUUUAGUGAAAGUCAGUUGAAGACAGCGAUUAUCCGCUUCACUCUCAUUUGACAGUAAUCCCACCAGAUUGGCAACGUGCCAACUUCCAUUAAAACUUUUUGAUAGCACACACACACACACACACACACACAACUCAACUAUCACUCGAGCAAACAACUGUGUGUGUGCCCAAUUUGAUCAGAAAAAAGAGUUGUGCUCCGAUCGGCAUAGGUUACGUGAUUUUGAUGGGUUCGCACCUCCGCCCGAAGAAUCCGAUAAACGAUUAGUUGCAAGAAUUGCCCCGAAUUGUUGACGACGAUGAUGGCGCCGCGUUUAAUUGGGCGCACGUAAGAUGACCGGAAUUGGUUUGUGGUCGAAUUAUGGAAAAAAGUGGCAAGAGGAAAACUGAUAGGAUCAAGGUCCUUGUCCCAACUAUAUCAUUGCAGCCCGAACCAGCGGAGUCCUUCUCGUGGCCGGCGUCGGAUCGUUUUUCGCAUAUCGCGUCGCCUCGAACCUUCUGGGCAAUCGGUCGGUCCUCCCAGAACCUCCUCUUCUGAUCAUCUUGUCCCACCUUCAGAUUCGUCUGGGAAUGUCUGGAAGCGCGUCGGAUCGAUCAGAUGCCGUCGGCCGAUCGCCGACUUCUCUUCUCUUUUGUAAGUGAUGAUCGACUUAACCGAAUUAAGAAACAGAGUGUCAUUUCGGAUUAUCGAGAUUCGAAAGUUACACCCUUUUCUCUAUCAUAAUUGAUGUGACACCUUUGAACCCGGGGGGAUCGCUCGGAAGAAGAUGAAGAUGAAGAGCAUUACAAUUUGUUCAGAACGCGGAGGAGGAGGAAGACGCGGAAGAGGAUGCGGAAGAAAACGGAGAGCGCCACAGACAACGGAGGGACAGCACCGGAUCGAGAGUGUCCAUCGGACAGGUCUCAUUGGGCCGACUGAACCGAGUCCGACGAUCGACCCGUCAGCCGCGUGGAUUGCUGGGAAGCCUUCAGGAGACGCCGCGCAGGAGGGCGGGCAUUGUGAGCAGACAGUCCUCGCGGCACUCGGUCGCUUCCGGUAAGCAAAAAAACCAAACCAGGGAUGGGCAGCCGCAGCAGUCAAAAGUUACGGGAAAAUGUAUUAAAAUGUUUUUUUGCAGUUUUCGCUCGUUUCCGACAAAAACGAAAUAAUUCGAAUUGUUCGCACAAUAGUCGCGCAUCCCCGCGUUUUUAGCCCAUACCUGAACGAACCCUAAAGUUUAGGAGCAAUAUUCAUAGUUUUUUGUUGCAGGUAAUUCGGUAUUGUCUAUUCCAUUCUCCUCGGCCUCCUCCGCAAAAUCCGCCUCAUUCCAAAUCGUGUGGGAAGGAUCCCAACCGGCGUGGGACGAUUUCGACGUCCCGAGCACUUCCUCUGCUGCUCCGACGAUGGCGCCCGGAGGAGCCCAACCAUCGGUGCUCUCUCGCCUCGGACGCGUGGCUUCGACGGCAAGCAUGCGACGCUUCGAAGACGGACAAUCGAUAGGCGACCUGUGCAGUGUAUUCAAUGAUGUGAGUGAGAAGCGGAUCGGAAGAGUGAUCUCACGAUGGAAAAGGUUUGCAGGUGAUGAGUGUGACGUCGUUGGCGGAGGGAAGCGACGAUCCGCUGCUCGACGAAGAGUAUCGCGACGAGGUGAGCAACUCGGCCAACUCGUGUAACUUUUGCGCAAAAUUUGAGUUUCUCCACAACUUUUGCCAGCCGAUGUUGUGUAUUUAAGCUUUGCGCAAAAAGUUACAGCGCUCUGCCGAGAUAAUUGUUGGACUAUCCGCGGAAUUGUUGUCAAGUUGCUUUAACUGUCUAAAUUGCUGCUAUGGGUCAUAUUGGUCAUACUUGUUUAACAGAAAAUACAAUAAAUCAUCCCGCACCUAUGUAUGGUUUGCAGGACGAAGAUUCGGGAGGAAUCUGGCAUAAAUGCACGGCGGACAACACAAAAUACAUGUACCAGAGUUUCGCGGUGGAGGCCAGCGAGGCGGGAUCCGAAGAAGGAUCGCCGCGAAGGCGACAGUAUCUCGAAUUGUGAGCCGUCCAAUAUCUUCAUUUUUCUCUCAUCUCGUACCUUUUCAGAGGAAUUGAAGAGGGUAAAAGUGCGGAAGAGGAGACGCUUUUAUCGCCGCCCGACUCGGAGACAAUGUCGCGAAGUCAGCACUCGAACCGACGGUCCAUGUACGAUUCGGCGAUCGGAGCCGAGAUUUCGAGCAGCGAGGAGGGGUCGACGUGUGAUAAAAGGUGAGAAAAUGCGUUUUUUUUUCGCUUGAACUUCAACAAGUUCUCGAGAUUUUUUGGGUGCUGCCACGAAUCAGAACUGGUACGAAUUAGAACCAAUUAGCACUGAAAGUACUGAAAGAAGCACCACUUUUUGUUCAUGCACUCAAAAUGCACAACAUCUAUAAGUGUAUCCGAAUUUCGGUCGAAAAUAGACGAUAAUUGCAGAACACCCCCCUAGUUUGUCUGAAAGAUAACUUUUCAUGAUUAAUAUAUGAAUGAUUCGACGUCAUCUCGCACAGGAAAUUGCAACGAACGAUUGUUAGAAGGGAAAAUUGACGAAUUUCCGUUUGUUUGCGUCAUUGUGCUUCGUCAUCGAUCCUGACGACGUUAUUAGGCUCGAUAUUAGGCGGACUGUAACUUUUUCUGAUCCACAGAAGAUUUUACACACCUGAAACGUGAUUCUAGGCCAGAUGCAGAUCAAAUUAGACUUUAGUCCCAGAUCAAUGUUUGGCCGCUGUGAGAGAAACUUCAAAGUUUGCCGAAUGAUCCGUUCCCACACUUUUUUAUGCAAUCUUUAAAAAAGCUCUAACCAGUGAGUGCACAAAUAACAGAGAACGUGUGAAUGAAUGGAAUGAUGAUUUCCUAGCAGGCUGGAACCAAAAAUUAAGGAUCCCCGACAUUUCGCAACCGCGACUUUGACAGUGCAAGUUAGUUGCGCAACGUUGCGGUUUCGAAAUGUCGGAGAGCCAAAGUUGAGGCUUCUCACUCAAUGUGUGCACAUUUUCAGAUUGUACGUGCUGCAAGAGGCCGACAACGUGUCGAUCGUGGCUCCGUCGUGCGCGAGCCUCGAAUGGUGCGACGACAUUGCUCGCAACGCGCCGAGCCGCCUCGGAUUCGACGACGAAGGAUCGCCGCAGCGACUGCGAAGAGCCAACUUGGAUUGGGACCUCGAGUCGGACAUUGUCGCGCCGAGAGCCCUUUCGGUCGCCUCCUCGUCGAUUACCCGCGAGGUGGAGGCCAAGUUCGCACCGAAAUCGUCGCGGGAUCUGAUGGUGAUGGCGUGCGAGAUGUUCCAACCGUACUCGCCGCCGUUUAGGGUAUGAUUGAAUGGAAUUGUGGAUGAAGUGAGAGCUCUGACAGUUGCAGGACCUGCAAACAGUGUACCACAAGCGACGUCUGAAGCGUGUCGCCGUGCCGAACCUCCCCGAAUCGGCCGCCGACUCGACCAUUUGCAUGUUCAUGCGCUCGGCGCUCUACCACAAAUGCUCGCUGCUGCGCGACGCCACGUGGCAGACAAUUGAAAAGGUGAGCAGUGUGCAUUUGUAA